AUGUUUUCAUAAGCGACAAAAUGGCGGAUAGAUAUAUUUUUAUGAUUUAUAAUACUUUUGUUUAAAUAGCUUCUCUUGAUUAUACUUUAUAUAGAAUAAAAGCGAUCUGCUAUACCUAAACAUAUUUGUUUUUUGUUUUUUCUGGCUAAAUCAAACAAAAACAAUGUCAGCAGAAGAAGAUACAGAGCUUCGAGAUCUUGUAGCUCAAACUCUAGAAGCAAAUGGGAUCCUCGGCAAGUUGAGGGUAAUUUACGCGAAUUAGGCCUAAGCUUCAUAAUAAAAAUAAGACUUAGGGCUAAUUAAUUAUGUUUAUGAUCAAAACCCUUCUUGCCCCUUACACUAUGACUUAACUGACUUAUGACUUAAACUUAGACUUACAUUUUGCCUACUUAAAACUACUUACUACUUCAUUAGUCCUUAUUAGAGUGUGACAGUGUCUUUGCCUUUUUUUUUUUUUUUUAGUUAAGUCUUAUUUAAAUAGUUACUACUACUACCAAUUGUAGUUAGGCCCUUUUGGGAAAUUUUUAAAAAUUUUUACUAUAAUAAAGUAAAGCACGCACCGUUCUGCGCAUGUCCUUAAAUGUUGAAAAAACGUGUUCUGCAAUAUGGCGUACAGCAACACGGUAUCAUUGGAAAAUUGCAGACUACGUCACCUUUGUUUAUUAAAUAAUUGCUUUCCUCAUCACUGACGUAUCAGUUUUUGUGUUCCGGUCAUAUAUUGAUUUAUGCUACGAUAUUUUUUUUGCAUCACGGGCAGUAUUAUUAUGAUGACUCGGUUAGUAUAUAAAUCGCAUAAAUACUUUUUUACUAGUAAAGCCACCAAAAUAAGGUUUAGUGCUCCCUAAUCUACAUUCAUUGUAAGAGUUUUUUCAUUUUUUGAGUUAUUAUCGUUGAGGUCUCGAUAAAAAGUUAUGCAACCCGCGAAUAAGUGGGGGGUAUGAAAUUAUCAUUUUUUUUUUUUAUUUUGACCGAGAAGCCGGAAAUGGCUGCUAUCACUGUUAUUCGUUAAUGUUAAAUCCUUAAACAUCUAAAUAAUUAUAAGACGCUUAAAAUGAAUCAUUUUAAGAAAAGAUUAUAAGCAAACUUGAAAAGUUUAUGAUUAAAUCCUUAAACAUCUAAAUAAUUAUAAGACGCUUAAAAUGAAUCAUUUUAAGAAAAGAUUAUAAGCAAACUUGAAAAGUUUAUGUAGUAACCAAGGGUUGGUUUUAAGUUUUAUUUAUUACGUUAAAAAUUGUGUAGGGUACCGGUACACAGUUUAUCGUUUUUUUGUUUUGGGUAGACCCCCUGCUUAUCUGAUAUUGAUUUUUUUUUCGCUGACAUGGACCCCUUGGAAGUUUUUGUCGACCAUUGGGGGUCGAUAUAGACCACUUUGGGAUCCUCUGCUCUAAAGCCUUGGAAUAAUGUAUCUGUUUUCAUAUUAAGGCCAAAAAAGCAUUUAAUUAUUUUGAUAAAAACAUAUUAUGAAUAUUUGAUACUGUGUUACAAAUUUUACAUUAUUCUAUAUGCCUGAUAGUAUUUUUCAGCUUUGGAAUGGGCAGUGCCGGACAUGGCGGAUUAUGAGGAUCAUGUACAUAGUGUAACACAGUCUGUCCGGAUAUCUGCAGAGGAAAACCGACACAUAAUCACAAUUAUAUUUCAUAAAAAUAUCAACCACUGAAUGCUACUCACAAAGAUUUAAUAUAUUAGCAAAGACAUUGAACUUGUUCUUUUACAUAUGAACUUAUUUACUGCACAAAAAAUAGGAGUGUAGGUCAAAAUACCUUUUAAACAAUAAGUGUUCUGUAAAAGUGUAAUUAUUGAGAAAAAGAGCUUUAAAAUUGAUGAAAAAAAAAAUGAAUGCAAAUUAAAAACUUGGAUCUUCCUAUGCCGACAUGUUUUUGAUAAAAAUUUAUUAGGAGUCUUCCUUACUUUAUUGAUGAAGCACCUAUGUACUUCUAUAGGACCAUUCAUAAAUGAUAUGCUGUUGUGGCAGAUUUAACCCCCCCCCAUUGUCAUAAAUUUGUCAUAAAAUUUGGACACCCUCAUCACACAUUGUCAUUAUGGAUUUUACCUGGGAUCUCAGGAUCCCACAUGAUUUAUAGCAAAUAAAAGUUUUACCUGGCAAUUUUCCCAUCCUCAGAAAUCCCGGUAAAAACUUUUAGAGCACAAUUUUCUUUUUUUUUUUUUUUUUUUUUUUUUUCCGCAAGUCGCAGGUUGUCACAAAUUGUUGCAAUAAUCCACGAUCAGUAAAAUCUAGUUUUUACUGCGCUUAAUUUUUAAGUUUAUUAGCUCUAGUGCACAGGUUCUCAAGCAUUCUCACGUCAUGAUCACAUUUAUGUAAAAGCAAAGUAACCCUUACCACGAUUAAUUGUGGAAAAUGAUGGAAAUCUAGAUAUUUCAGCAUUAUCUAAUUGACCACAUAUUUAAUGCCAUGAAUUUAAUUGUAACUCAAACUUUAAGACACCAAUUGAAAAAUCAAACUAUUUAAAAUCAUUUCUUCUCUUAGUCUGUUGUUUCAGAUGGGGACACCACAUAAAUCCCUUCGCUACCCCAUAUGAGGUCACCUCCCAUGGGCUAGCUCAGAGCUCUGCAUCAUUACAACUUGAACAACCCCCCCCCCCCCCCCCCCCCCCCCCCCCCCCCCCCCCUUUAACCCUGGUCAUGCCUAGGGCUACUGUGUACAGACUUUCCUCUGCAAAAAUGCUUACAAAAACUCUUAUGACUUACCAGUUUCUCUUCGGUCAGACAGUCUCCUAUCCAUCUCCCGUAAUUUCACAUUUUAGAGUAGUAAAUUUAAAUUAGUACAAAUGACAUAGCAUAUUUGAGUGAUCCAGGUGGUGCAAUGACAUUUGUGGUCUAUGGAGAGCUCUUUCGUCAUUAAGAUGUACAAUUAGGUGUACAAUUAGGUGUACAAUUAGGUGACAAUUAAAAAUAAAUUAAACAUGUUUUGAAAUGUUUGAAUUCACAUGAAUUCAAUCUGUAUUUAUUUAUCUUCUAGGCUGAACUUCGAGCAAGUGUAUUUCUUGCAUUAGAAGACCAAGAAAAUGGUCAGGUAAAUAGCUUCAUUAGAUUUGAAUUUUAGAUUUAUUCUGGGACCUAUUAAACCUAAUGCUACUUUUAUUUAAAAAUUAAAUGCCAGUGAGAAGUUGAAAAAUUAAAGCUAACUUUUGAAAAAUGCUAUUUGAAAAAAAAAUAAUUUAAAAUUAAACAAUGUUUAUGAUGUUAUGAAAAGUAACUUUGAUGCUUGUAUGUCAUAGUCAGUAAGACACAGCACAGGAAUUCAGAAAAUGAGGGUAUGAUCUGAGUCGAGGUCUAUUUUUGCAGCCUGCUUACCUGAUUACUCUUUCUCGCUUACACCUUUCCAUGAACUGAUUAAUAAGUGACUUGUCAAAUAUAAGUAAAGAAACAAAACUCUAUAUAGAGAGAGUCAAAUAAAAAAAAUAAUAAUUUCAAUUUGCUGGAAUGAGUAAUACACAGAAAUCAUAUAUGAGCAUUAGAUUUUUUCAUCUAUAAACACCUGUAUUGGUUAUUUCAGAAUAAAUCACCAUUUGCUGAUAAAGAGUUGAGGAGCUUUUUAUCAACAAAAGAAGGUAUGUAAUGGGCUCUUUUAAUAAAUUGUUACGGUUUUUGUUUUAAAAUAGUUAGUUUGCUCGAGUCAGAUAUUGUAAUUUUUGCUAAUGUUUUCUUGGGAAAAUAUCCUUGAGUUUUUAACGAGGUUACUGCAGUUUUGAUAAAAAAUUUCAACCACUUGUAUAUGUGAACAAAUUUUUCAAAGUUGCUCUAUCAGACAUUGUCAAAUAUAAAACAAUUAUGUGCACCAACACGGGCUAAAACAUCUCAAUAGUUAUUGUUUAAGUUUAAUCUUUUAAUUAGUGAAUGGUAUGCAGUUUUUUUUCCCCUUUAUUUGUGUUUCAUUGAUAUUCAGUCUCAAUUAAAAAUAAUCUAAAGCUGUUUAAUGUUACAUCACUAGGUAUCAAAGAUCAACUGAUAAUUUCACAUGUAUAAAAAAAUGUUUAUAGUAAUUAAUUAAAAAUUUGGUUUGUGGAUGUGAAAAUAGUAAAUCAUUAGAGCUUUUUUUAAAUGGUGUGCCCCAUAAAUCUUGGAAAGGUCUAGGUGUCCGGUGAUUAUAAUAAUUUAUUAUAUAUUAUUACCAAACAAUGUGUGCCUAUUUAUAGCUCACCUUUAAGAAAUUACAAUUUAUUUUUUUUUCAGGAAGGCUGACAGCAAACUUGGUUCAAGAGUUUUUAGAAUGUUUAAAUCUGGAAUUUACCCUUGCUGUGUUCAAACCUGAAAUAGGGAUGGUAGGGGAAAGAUUUUUUUAUAAAGCUUAAUAUAUCAACUGACCCAAUGCUGUUAUUAUAUUAUAUACUUAAAAAUGGCCUGUAUCAAGGGGGGGGGGAUGGGCUGAUUUCUCUCAUUUGCUAGAUGUUUCAAUAUUAUAUCUCAUUUGAGCUAAUUUAAAAAAUUAUUAAUUCCUUCUUUUUUAUCCUUUCAUGAUACCAGAAUUAUUUAUGUUAUGUUAGUGUCAGCAUAACAGUUCUCUUGUGGCUUUAAAUAUUUUAAAUACUCCUGGUAAAAAAGCAGGUAUAAUAAUUGAUUAUUUUUAAUCUUUUAACUUAGAAACUAAUCAACAUUUUAAACAAAUGAUUUAAAAUUAAAAUUAGUUGUUUCUUAGUUUGAGUCAGCCAUUUGUUUUAGCUAUUAUUAUUAAUUCUUUUUUAAUUCAUCAACCUUCAUGUAUGAUAUGUUUGAAACUGAUUUAUCCACAGAAUGAGACUGUUAAAAGGUCAGAUCUCAUUAAAGAGCUGAAAAUUCCCCUGUCAAAUGUCUCAGCCAGCACACCCUUACUCACAUGUCUACUCCACCAGCAUAGUAAGCAGACCAGUACAAACUCAGGGUCUGGGGACUCUGUUCAAAUAUCCAAGGUAAAUAUGAAAAGAAUUGUUCAUAUUGCCUAAUAGAAAUGUAAAGUGCUUUUUUUUUCUUUUUAGUUUAUUUACAGGUUAUGUCAUUUAAAAAACAUAAAGCUGUAUGUUUUUAACAAAUUAAAAUAAUAACAAAUUGGCUCUUGAUACCAUCAGGUGUACCAGUACAACUCUGAUAAUCAUCUGUUGUAGCUCCAGAUAUAGACAUAUUUAGAUGGGUUAGUUUUAAAAAAUAUCAGGAAUUUAGAUUGGUUCAGAAAAUUACAAACAUAUCCUUUUUUAUGCAGCAUUGACAAUAAAAUUGCAACAUUUCUACACGUUUGUUUAUGCAUCUUUUCAAGAAAAAUAAUCAUAAAAAAACCCAUGAGAUUUUUUUAUUUCCUAAAAAAUUUAACAAUUGUAUCAAUGAUUAUUGUGACUAUGCAUUUCACAGCCUAAGUCACACAGGGUAAAACUGAUAAUUCUAAAUAUGCUCAUAUUCUUUUUCAUAAUACUACAUUAACUUUUCUCUGUAUACAAUGUCUUGCUAUGAAAAUCAACUAUUUAGCCUAUAUAAUUUAGUAUUAUUUUAGCUUACUUGAUAUACUGGUUAAAAAAAUGUUGGGAUCUGCACCAUUCUAUUUGCUUUAAACUGUACUUUUGCUAUUGCUUUCCUAAUAAGACUAAAAACACUUUUAUACACAUCAAUUUUAAAAAAGCUAAGAACAAUUUUCUAUGUCAAUUUAAGGAUGGAAGCAAGUUUAGUUUACUAAGACAUAUUUUUAAAUUUCAAUAUGAAAUAAUCUGAUGAAAUUUAGCAUUGGGUUGAGAUAUGAACAAAAAAAAUAAUAUUGUUCUUAGUUUUGAAAAUAUAUUAUAUCCGUUAUCAUAUUUUAUGCUGUAAUAAAGUAAAUAUUUUGAAUUUUUGAUUAAAUUUGUAGCACUCUCAUUUAUAACUGAUCUUAUUUAACUUAUAAUUUAUAAAUAUAAAUUAUACAUAUCCACACACACCAUCACAUACAUAUAAAUAUAUCAGUUCUACAACCAAUGAACUAUAAAUAUACAUAAGUAAUGAGGGCCAUAUUCUGUCAAUAGUUGAGAAUUUUGCAUACCUUGGAUGCAAUAUCUCUAGUUCACUCUCUGUUGACGAAGAGAUGAACAUAAGGAUCAUAAAAGUAGCAGCAACUAUGGCUAAAUUGAAUAAUCUGGGUGUAUUAAACUAACUGAAUAUACAAAACUAAGCAUCUAUCAGACAUGUGUGCUUAGUACGCUCAUAUAUAGCAGUGAAAUGUUAAUCACUUAUGCCAGUCAUAAGCAGAAACUCAAAAGCUUCCACCAAAGAUGUCUGUGUCAGAUUUAGUGAGCUCAUGUUUUCUGCUUUUAGCAAGAGGCGCAUUCACUUAGGCUGUAUUCCAAAUGAUCUGCUAUUUGGAGAGUUGGCAGAAGGGGCAAGACUUGAGGAUUUUUGCAAAAGAAACAUGGGAAGACAACACAGACACAACGAAUGGGAGAUCAUCGCUGAGCACCAUUCAAGCUAGCUAACUGCAGUGUAAGAAGGAUUCAAAUAAUCUCAAGGUGCGCAAAACAAAGCCCUUGCAACAAUAAAAUACAUUGCAGAGGGCCAAAUUUAACCAGAAGUCGAGGUUCUCCAGUGAGAAGUGCAUCUGAGAUGCUGAUAGGAUCAGCCUAGUAAGCAAUUUGAUGAAAUGUCAAAAGCUAUUCCAAUGUCUCUCGAAGAUGAAAGGAUGCCAUAUUCAUAUAUACAUUUUUGUGAAACAAAUUUGAUUAGCAUUUACUACCAUUACAUCAAAGUUGCAAAUUCUUUUUUUUACUAACAGUUUUUACAUUUAAUAUACAUUUUUGUGUGCAGUGUAUAAAAUAAAAAAAUUUUAUAAAAAGAAGUACUAUAUUGUUUACGUCUUUAGUUCAAUUAUAUUUUUUUUAUUUAAUUAUUAUUAUUGUUAUACUUACAAUACUUUAAUUUUAAUUUUAAAAUUUUUUGUGUGUAAUGUGUUCAAGGUCUUAAUAAUAAUUAUUUUACUUUAUUUUAAAGUGAAGUUUAUUGAUCACUAAUAAGCAGUAGGCUGAUUCUGAAUUCUCUACUCAUUUAUUCAAUUAAAUGUAGUUGGUGAACCUUAAUGUUAAGUUUUAGUUAUCCGAUGUGUUUAAACAAACUGAGAUUCACAAAGAACAUUGUAAUUAAUUAGUCAUUUUCAGUGUUAAAUUGUUGUAUAAUUUGAUCUCAUUUAUGUGUACCAUAAUUUAUUGCUUCUAAAAAUGAAAUUUUCAGAAUCUCACAGAUAAACAAAUAGAGGAAGCAAGGAAAAAAUUUGAAUAUUAUGAUAAGGUAAGUAAUGAAAAUUAUUUUUCAUCUGGUAUUGAAUGUUUGUAAUCAUUAUCACUGUGAUAGCACUUUGAUAUUAAAUGAUAUGGCAGUCAAAGCAAAACUUUUAACAAUUUGUCAUUUAUUUAUCAAUCCCACUAUAGCUAGCCUCCUUCACAUUAACAAACACCUUAAAUCUCAAUGAGUAAUCUCAAACUGCCCCUUCUGUCUGUCCACCAGCUUAACUCCUCUGUAUUCUGGCUGGGCCUUGAGAUGUCAAUCCAGAGCAGUCUGACAUUUUUUAGUUAAGACAAUUGUUAUUUUUCAUUGAAGAGGCAGAAAUUUGUAUAAAAUACCAGUAUAUGAAUGUAAAGGUUUUGGAGCAUGCAAUGAUUAAUUAAAAAUUAAUUACUAAAAUGCUUACAGGAUGGCAGCGGAGCAAUAGACAAGGAUGAGCUCAGGGACCUUUUCCUCGAUAUGUUUCCCAACUUCCAUCGGAAUAUGCUGGAGCGUUAUGUCAAUGAUGAAUUUGCCGCUGUGGACAAAGACUUUAACAGCUGUGAGUUAACAUCACAGCAUUUUGCUGAAAUUAGUUAAUCUUCUUCAAGUGAUGCAUAAAUUUUACUUAAAUAGAUAAUUGUUUGAUCUGUGAAUAUAAAUUGUAUUUAACUUAAGACCAUUAAUUCUUUUUUUUUAAUUUAUUUUUUUAUUUUAGAAUAAAAUUAUAUUUUCUUACUCAAGAUACCAGUAUUUAAAUUCCCAUUCAUGGUCAAAUAUAAGAAAAAUGUAUUUAUAAUGAGUAUUUAUUUUGAAAAUGAAACAACUUGCCUAAUUUUAUUAUGAAUCUCUAUUUGUUUUACCAUUCAGAAUUGGAACUAAAAUAAAAUAAUUGAUUUUAACCUAUUUAAAAUAAAGCCACAAUUGAUUUUGUUGGUAAGGACACCUUGAGUUAUUAAUUUUUUGCAGUGUAUUGAAGUUUUUUUUAAAUAUUAGAAAGCUACAAUUUAAAUUGUGUAAUGAAAUCUAGCUGUGGUGAGUGGUGGCACUUACAGUUUUAAAUUCAGUUAACAAAUCCAAGGAAAAUGAGGUCUUGAGAACUAUUGCAAAAUUAGCUCUAAACAUUUCACUGGUUAUGGCCAUUCUAUAUUGUCCUUUUCUUCACCAUUUUUUCCCUCCUAUUUCUUUUUACCAUACUUUAAGUAGUUUAAUAAAAACACGGCUUAACAUGAUCAGUAAGGAACAGGUAUCUCCCAUUUGAUAAAUAUAUCCAAUGUAGUUCCCAGCCACUCACAAGCAUUGCUUUAGGUAUUUUAGGAAAGCUCUUUUUUCAGACUUAAAUUCAAUAUCUUUUUUAUUCCAAUUUAAGCUAUUUAUUCCCUGACUUCAAAAGGUAUACACUUGUAAAAAUUCAUGCAUGCCAAGUAGAUAUUUUUUAUUAGAAAAUUAUGUUUGUCCACUAAUGAAAACAGUCUUGAUUGAUCUUUAUUUCUUCUAAUGCAUACUUUACUAUUUUCACUUUGUCUUAAAUAUAUUGGAUGCAAUAUAUCUAUAUAGAUUUUAAUAAUUGUAUCAUUGAAUAAAUUGCUGCAAAUUUUUUAUGGUUAAUUUAUGUGACCCUUCCUAUGCAUCAACUAACAUAAAUGGCAUGUUUUUAUUGCAUCUUGUGUAACUGCUAUUUGAAUAGUGAAUUUAUAGGGCUAUUUUGACCUGAGAUGAUAAAUUGUUCAUAUCAGUUUUGUAUCUUUUAUGUCACUGGCAGCAUAACCAGUGAUAAUUCUGAAUAAAACUACUGAAAGGACAUCAAAUUAAAGAUUUGCUCUAUCAAAUUUUUGUUUAUUUUAAUAGAGAUGGUCGAUAUCUUUUACUCUUUCAUAGGACAACAGAGUAUUAGAAAUUAGACACCAAUAAAAUCUAAAUAGCAUGCUAUUUGCAAAGAGUCUCUCUCAUCAAUCAGAAAGUUUUGCCAUUCACAGUUUGAGUUUCAUUGUAACAGUUCAAUCCAACACAACUCUAGCUGAUACUGAUAACUAUAUUCUUUUCCUCAUCAGAACAAUUUUAUAUAUAGAUAUACAUAUAAGCUCUGUUACUUUAAUAGAUGCAGAGAGUUAAUUGUGUAGGAAACUCCUUGCUUGAAAAAUAUAUUUACAGUUGUGUCUAUGGUGUCAAUAGUGUCUACUGAUUGGUAUUGGGUUCCUUUGUAGUUUGAGGUUGUGGUUCAUCAAUCCUGAAAUCACUUAAAAAGUUUGUCAAUUUUUUAUUUCUGAAACUAUUCAGUUUCAACUUAUUCAUUCUAAGGUCUUGAUGUUGAUAAAUUUAUAUCUUUGUGGCAUCAUUCUUUAAAGUUUAUUCGUAUUGUACUUAUUGAUCCCUUAAGUUAGUUUUGGAUACAUGGAGAUGGUGCAAAGUUUAUUGGUAUUGGACUUACUGAUCCCUUAAGUUAGUUUUGGAUACAUGGAGAUGGUGCGGUAAGGAUUUUCUUUAGUCCCUGCAGUCCUGGUUAAAACCUUCUUACCCGGUAUCCAAUUUCAGCCAGGGCAUGUGCAUGAACCUUUUUGUUUUUUUUACCAGUUGCUGUGAGCUCAGCAACAAGCCUGCAUCUGCCUUGCUACAUGUGUAUUUAAGUACUAUGAGAAAUGUUUGGAGGAAAUUCUUUAUUCUAAUAAAUUGUGAACCAUCCAUACAUAAAUAACUUUUGAGUUCAAUUUUGAAAAUUUAAUGAACAUUCCAGUUAUAAAAUAAUUAAUUUUGUUAAGCGUUUUUUGGCCCAUUGAUUUAUUUAUUUUUUAAAUUAAAUUUUAAAACAGCCUUUUUUUGAAAAAAAAAUUAUCUUUUGCUAUUAUAUAUAUUUUAAAUGACACAUCAUACAAAAUGCAUGCAUGCCAACCAGUGGAAUAAAAAAAUUGUACAAAAAGUUAAAAAAAAAAAAACUGUACAACAGCAUGAAAAAUUGUACAGAAAAAAAAGAAAAUUCGAAAAUGGGUUAAUUUAUAACUUUUUUCAUCAUUUUUAUCAACGUUUUAAUUUUUGAAUUUAAAAAAUAGUCUUUCAUUUGCUGCACACAUGGAUGUAGACAUCAUUCAUAAAUGGAUAUAUUGCAACUUUUUACUCUGGCCAAUAUCAAUUUUAUUAAAAAUGAACAAUUGAUGAAUUUGAUAACAAUUUAGAUGUAAUUAUACAUUCUUUGGUUAAUUAUGCUAGCUUUACACUGUAGUAGUAAUACAGAUUCCUGUAUUUAGAUUCUUGUCCUACUUUGAAUUUACUGCACCAUCAGUAUUGAACGUGUGUUGUAAGCAAACUUUUCUAACUCCAGUGGGAAAAUUGUAAAAAAAAAAAAAAAAAAAAAAUGCUUUUAUGGCCAUACAACUUGGAAAAUUUAUAAAAACUGUACAAAGUUCAGGUAGACAGUACAGGUUGGUAUGCAUGAAAACAUGCAUUUAUUUUAGCUUUUUUCAAUUUAUUUGAGUCACAUUUUUUUUGUUCCUCCACAGCCAUUGAUUUUGAUGAGUUUUUAGGAAUGUACAAACGCUUGUUCCUCUUAUGCCGGACGGUGGUCUCAGAGGAUGUUGCUGAUAUUGUGUCACCAACACAUAAACCAGGAGUAAAGGUUAGGCCUUUCGUCUUCACAGUAUUCUAUUGCUUCACUUGGCCAACAAUUAUUUAAGACUUGAUUCCUGUUAAAUUAAGAGAAACAUUAUAAGAUCAUUUUAAUAGUGUUUUCUACAAUAAAAAAAAAAUUUAAUUAUUGCACUAAAGGAUAAUGAUACAAAUUAAUUAAUUGAUCGUAACUCUGAAAUUUGUAGAUUGUUUAAAAUCUACAUUUGGGGAUGGCUGUGAGUUUUUUGGUUCUUCUGUGGUGGCAGCUUAUAUUUCAACUUGAGCUUCAAAAUCAAAUCUUAUUCAUCUUUUAAAUUCCUCUAGUUUAAAACUAACAAAUAAAUGGGCCGGAUUAACAGUUUGUUUUAAACAAUGCAGAGUGUUGUUCUUGGCUUUGUUUUAAGAUGUAAUCAACCUUUUUGGAGAAUUAAAACAGUUAGUAACUAGUCGUUGUCAUUUAAACUUGAUCAGCCAGCUUUACAUCAUCUGUCAUACUUAGAGAAUAAUACUUGCAGUGAUUCAGGUGUUUUUUCCUACUUUAAAUGAGUCCAUGUUGUUUAGCUUUAAAUAAUUACUGCAUUUAUUGGUGUAUAACAUGCCCCCGCGUACAACACGCACCUCAAUUUAAGAAGGAAAUUUCAGGGAAAAAACUAAACAUUAUAUGGGCGUAUAACACGCACACAUGAUUUGCCCCCUAUUUUCGGGGAGAAAAGGUGCGUGUUAUACGCCAAUAAAUAUGGUAUACAAAAUUAGUGAUGUGCUUGAUAAUAAGGGUUGUUAAGAUAUUUAUUUUAAAACAGAAUGAACAAAUUCACUGGGUAGGUGAAUUUAACACAAUAAAUUCUUUGCAUGUUAAAUGUUUUACCGUAAUUUUUAAUGUUUCUCACCUUUCAGCAACAGGCAACCCCACAGCAACAGAACAAACAGUUAUCCAACAAAUCCAAGCCUGACAUUCACAACAGCAACCCGCCUAAGAUUGACCAUAGUACACCCAAAGCUAACACAUCGGUGACUGGUUACGGCAGUGAUAUCGAAGAGGACCCUUUCUUUGAUGACCAGCCUGCAGCAUCAGUAAGCUUCAAUACAUUAUCAAGGUAAGCUUGGCAUGUCAGUUCUUACGUGUUGAUUUUCAUCAAUCUCUGUAACGUUAAUCUUCUCUCUUUGUUAAAAUUACAAUUUGUCUCGGUUUGAAUAUUGUUUUUUUCUUUUAUUUAAUGUUUACACCAUAUAAAUUUAAUAAUGUUUCUGUUUUAGUUUUGAUUGUUAAUUUUACAUUAGUGUUUCUGUUACAAGAUUUUAUGAAGACAUUUCAUCCCUUAUUCUUGUAGUCUUUGCCCAAAAAAUGUACAACAGACAAUUAAUCUUUGAAUUGAAGCAUAUUGAUUCAUCUAGUUAAAAGUAAAUACAAUAUACUUGUUUAAGUUAUUGAGAUUUUAAGUUUAAGUGUGUGUAUUGGGAGGGCCUAUAAUGGGUACCAUACUUUAGAAGGAGAGCAUAUUAUAGGGUACUUUAGAAGGAGGGCUUAUAAUGGGUACUUUUAGGAGGGUCUAAAAUGGGUUUUAGAAUGAAGACAUAUAAUGGGUAAUUUAGAAGUAGGGCCUAUAAUGGGUACUUUAGAAGUAGGGCCUAUAAUGGGUACUUUAGAAGGGGGGCCUAUAAUGGAUUCUUUACUAUUGAAUAGGUCUUAUCCCUCAAUAUCUAUCUAUGUCAUACUUGUGUGCAGGCAAUCCCACAUCUCUUAAGAAAUUGAAUUGUUAGUAUAAAUUAGAGGUAAAGUUAGUUGUUUUCAAUGUGAACUACCAAGGGACAUUUUUCUUGCUUGUGUUUAGCAAGUGAUGAGACUACUGCCACCUUAUUCAAAGAAAAAAUGUCAUCAGUUUCUUGUCAUUUUUCAGUUUUAUCACUGAGCGGUCCAGAUCUUCAUUUUUAAGGUUUUAUUUUAAUACAUCAUCUCAAUUCUUUUCUGUUAGUUUUCAUGCAUGUUCUGCAUAGUUUGACUGCAUCAUCAUUUUAACUUGCUCACUGCAUAAUAAGCUAACGGGAAUAGUUUUCUUUUAAAGCAGUUCAGGUGUGCAUUUUGGCUGUAUAGGAACAGUUUGACAUAUUUAUGUUAAAUUUUUAGUAUUUUUGAAUGGAUGUUUCUACCAUUUGAUUUAUAUGAUGAUAGAAUUAAGUUCUGGAAACUUGGAAGGGGCUGACUAAAACAACGCAUUUAAUAUUUGGGUUCUAGGAGGACUUUCAUGACAUAAUAAACUAAUCUUUCUGGAAGGAUUUAUGCACUACUUAUAUAUUUGAUACUGCAGGUGUUUUUUUAAUAUUUUAAAUUAUUUAAUGUUUGAAUUAUUUUGUUUUUAUUCAGAUGUUAAUUUUGUAUUUUUUAAUUAUUAUUUUUUAUAAUGAAUGAGUGGGGUUUCUUUAUAAUUUUAAGAACAUAAGUAAAAUCACAGAAGUAUUUACAGUUGAAAAUUAGUUAGAUGAAACAAUAUUUAAUUUAAGAUGUCAUAAUCUGCAUGUUUUAGUGAAUAAUAUUUGUGCUAUCCCCUUUGAAGUGUCCCAUCCAACAGUGUGAGUCCAGCCACACGGAGAGCUAGUCCAUAUCAGCCAUCUCAAAUACCCAGGUUUCAGCAGCAGAGGUAACAGCUGUUGCCUGUGUCCCCUUGUAUUCAUCCUUUUGUUGGAACCUGCAAAGUGCAAAUUUAAAGAUUUUAAAAAUAUAUUCACAUUCAAUGCCCAUCUAUUGAUGUGGAAGAAAAGAAACCUUUGUAAAUGAAAAUAAGUCAAAUAGCCCAAAUGAUCAAAAUAAAUUAGACUCAGCUGGUAACUAAAUUAUACCAGCUGAGUCUAAAUUGUUGUAACUUGUGCAAUUUAACUCAACAUAAAAACAAAAAAGAUAGUUUAACUCAUGACAUAUAUUUAUAUAAAUUUACAUUUGCCUUUCAUUUAUUAGUAUGAAAUUUUAGUUGUAUUUCACUUUGUAUAAUGCUUUUAUCAUUUUAGCAUCUGCUCAAAGAUGCUUCAGGAGACUAGCUAGUUUAGUCUUGAUUAAGAUUGUAACAUUAACAUAUUAUAUCCAAUUACACUUAACAGCUAUUGUUUAUAUGUCAUUGUAUUUUUGUAAUUUAAAUUGUAGUUUUCAGCUAGAAUAAGUAGGCUAUAUUUAAAUGAUAAUAAUCAGUUUGUAAAAGUUUGUGGAACAGUUCUAAAGUUGUACUGCAGAUUUUUUUUAAAAUUUUUUUUAUAACAAAAUACUUUUUAUUAUUCUUUUAUCUAAUAAAAAUGGUUGAAAAUCUUCUACAAGAUUCAAGAGUGUGGUUGACUUAAUGUUAACCAAAAACUUCAUGUCAAUUAGAAUUUCAGCAUAAGACUAACCAUCACUUUACCUUUUUUCUCUUAUACUAUGAAGAGCAGACUAUUUCUUUAAAAAAAAUUCAGGGUUUAAGUGUAUGAAAAUUAAUUCUUUUCUGUAAUACUUGUACCCAUCACUUGAGCAUGUCAUCAUGGAGUCAACCAAUUUAGCAUGCAAUAGUAUGCACAAGUCUGUGUUUGACAGCAUGACAUUGGCACACAAAAAUCACAAUCUUGGUUUUUUAAAUUGCUGCCCUAAAGAGUCAAAUCUCCUGGAUGUGUCAGAAUGUGUUUUAAUCUUAUACUGAGUUUUUAUUUUGAGUUUACACAAGCCCAACAUCUUACCAAUGCUUGCACUGUCCUUUUUACCCUACUUUAUUAUGCACACAAUGCUUGCAAAUUAUUAGAAAUUGUUAAUUUGAUUUCUCUUGAAUUAGUUGAAUGCUAAAUUUACCUGUAUUUAUUUUUAAAAAUUAAAAUAUUGCUUCCUUUGACUUAGAAAACUAUUAUUGAUCCAUUUCUCAAUCCUCAGUUGUCUUGGUUUUAUUAUAUAUAUUUUUCUUUAAGCAUACAUUUAGCCUUAUUCAAAAAUUAUUUUUUUAAGCUGCAUUCUAUGUAAAUACAAUGUGUGAUUCAACUUUUUAUAAUAUAAUAUAACUUUUUUAUGUUUAAAAAAUCAAUAAUCUUUGCAACCAUGGAUAGUUUGACACACUUUCUAAGUAAUUUGGGGAUUUGUGAUGGUGCAGCUUAGUAGGCCAUUUCCCUAGAAGACCGAGCUCAUCCUGAGAACCCUGGCAUCUAGGAUAUCCCUGCACCAUAAAAUCCUGGUCUAUGGUGACAUUGUUUAGAUCUGCACUCUUUGCUGAAAUAAUAAUUCAAUGACAUAAGCAUUUUAUUUGCCUGGACUCUCUGAAGAAUAGAAUUUAUUCCUAGGAAACUUAGAUACUUACACACUGCUCAUCUUUUUUUUAAAUUUUUGUGGUUGGACCAUUUCAUAAAAAAAUCAUUUGCUUUAAAAUGUGUACAUAUUUACUAUUUAUAAGUUAUUGAAAUUAUUAAUAAAAUAAAUACCUUUAAUUAAUUUUCUUCCAGUGAGCUAGAGAAGAACCGUGAAUAUAUGUCUGAUAUCAAAACCAAUGGUACAGUUGACAAAGGGAAGAAAACUAGUGGUGGAAUGAGCUCCUUGAAUGAUCUCCCUUCUCUAACUGGACAUUCAUUAACUGGCGGCCCUCCUUUGGAAAGGGCAAAAACACCUGAAAAUGGUAUUUUACUGAAUAGAAUUUAUUUGAAGUGUAAUUUUAAAUAAUUAUUUUUAAUUUGUUGCCAAGUGCAGUUGCAAAUAAUUUUUCUCUAAUUUCUGAUAUAAGCAGUGGAAGAGCAUCAGGACAUUUAAUUAAUUUACAGGCUUAAGUAAUGCAAAUUAUCAGUUAUAUCCGCUUGGUAUGGUUGUAAAAUAGAAAUGUCUAAAGUUUUGGUAAACUUAUAAACUUAUUGUAUUUUCCAAACAGACUCUCCAUUAAAUGAUUCAGACACUGACAAAAAUCUAAGAGAAGUAGACAAAAGAAUUGUUGAACUUGGACUAGGAGGUAAUACUUAUCUUGUUAUUCUGUUUGCACUACUUAUUUUAAAAUUAUAUGACUCACACAAUCUUUAAAAAAUUCACCUACAUUUUAUGCUUUAUUUAAUUCAAAUCUAAGAUAAUUUCCUUGUAAUUUUUUUUUUUUAAAUUAUUAAGUGGCAUUAAUUGAUCUUUCUCAUUGCCACAUUCAAUGUUUAUAACUAAUGCAAAAAUAUCAAUGCUUUCUCCUUUUACUAUUUCAGAUACUCAGAAUGAUGAUUAUGAAUAUGAAGAUGAUUUUAGCGAGUAAGUCUUUUUUUUAAAAAUCAGAUCUGUGGAGAUAAAAUUCGCUAAACAUUUUACCAACAUGGAAAUAGUACAUUCUAGAAAGUCUUAAAUAUCUUCAGUAUCGGUUGUAAUGAAUGAAAGGUCUGGGAAUUAUGCAUUAACUCAAAAUAUAACUUACAGCUUUUUUAAUCCCUGGAAAAAAAUUUUUAAAAAUUAAGUUUUUCUGAUGUAUUCAGAGUGAGCCAAAAAAGUCCCAGAAACGCAAGAACAGACAGCAAACCAGAGAAUGGCAGCAUAGCAGAAGAAAUUGAUGAUGAGGAGAUUGCAGAAGAUAUUUCUGGUGAAGCUGACGAUUUAUUGAGAAGUGAAAAAAGUGGGGUAAGAUAAGAUUAAACUUCAAAGUAACUUUUAAAGAGAUUUGUUUGUGUUUUAAUUAAAAAUAUAAAUUUUUUUUAAAGUCUCACUUAUUUCUUUUUUAUCACAUUAUAUAUUCUUAUGAACAUGGUGAGUUUUUAAAAAUGGCCUCAUCUUUUUCAGAAGUUUUGCAAACAUGAAAGAACUGAGUAAAAUAUUAAAACAUAACAAGCUAACAAUUCUGAUUCUAUAUAACACCAUAUUUCCUGAACUUUUAUUUUAUAUUAUUAUUAGGUAAACUUAUGGUAACUUAUUUUUUCAGUUUGAUGAUCUGACAACAGACCAUAGCAUUUCGCAAAUAGAUGGAGGCUUUGACUACAUGGAAGAUCCUGUUUUACCCUAGCUCACUCCUCUGCUUGUUUAAAAAAAAUAUAAUUUAAUUAUUACCGGUAUUUCCAAAAACAACUCUCUGAAAUUUAAAGGGAUAGUUUUUGUUUGAAAUCUUGAUAAAUAUUAUAUUGAAGCUAAGUAAAAGUGGCUCACAUUAAAUAUAAAAUUAGAGCCUCGUGUAAGUUGAUCUGCAUGUUACUAAGUUUCAUCAAAAGUUUAUAGAUUUUUAACUUGUUAUUUGUGGGUAAAAAUAAUGAGCUCAUUACGUUUGAACAUUUAAUUAGGGGUUGUACAUAAAGUAUAUCAGCAAAAAUGUGGGGAGGGGAGUGGGGGAUUCAUUCAAAUGUGGAU